CAUUGGCAUGCCUACUAAAAGAAUUGUGAAAUGUUGUACUAAAAAUUCUCGUAACUCUAAGUUUGGAAGAACUUUGUGUUCAAUCAACUGAUGUUACAUAUUUCCAGCAGGUUCGUUCUUCAGACGCCGUACCAUGAAGGUUUUGAUCCUCGUUACUUUGGUUGCUGUAGCAACGACUAAACCAGCUGAUACCGCCUUCCAGCAUGUUGCUCGCUCUCUGGCUGAAGACGAGGUUAUGAAGCGAAGCGUCAUGUCUGACGUUGCUUCCGCCAUCUGCACCCGCGUCAUAAACUCAGUGGAUUUUCCAACCCAAACCAGUAUGUGUUUUUCCGUGACAGCAUAUGUCUCAAGCACAUGUACACUGUAUGCUGAAGACAACCUCGGCAACCGCUACAGGCAGUACACUCAAAAGAUCCUUUCACUGUGCUCCAACUUGGCCCAGCGCGCCGUCAGGGAGUGCUACAAAGGCCAGCUACAGAACAUAGCCGACAGAGUAUGCAAAAAUCCUGAAACCUUAAUCGGCUAAAUGAUAUUUUUGUAGAUUUUCUUUGCCAUGAAUGCUAUGGAGAUAAAGAGAAAUAGAUUGAUGAUUUGCAUUUCAUUAUUUGU